AUGCAGGUUCCAGGUUCGAAUCCUGGCGGCCCCACCCCAGGUGGAGCCGCCCAAGAAAAGUGGAGAGAACUGUGCUGGUCAACUGACGUUGCAGAUUCAGGUAUAAAGGCUACUACAUCAUCCGAGGAACAUCCAUCAAGAAGCUCGCUGAACCCCACUUCCCUCUCUCUCCAAAAGCAGGAAGAACCGAUGACUCGACCACUACCAGCCACCAACGACCUCCCUUCAACAAAAAUUAAACUUCAUAAGCAUUGGAACCUACGCCCUGGGCUUGCACUACAAAUUGAGGAUGCGCUCAAGGAGAAAUUUCUCGAAAUUCCUCAUCCGAUCUUUGACAGUCUGGCCAGGCUGAUGAUGUACAAAGUGGAUCUCUACAGCUGCUACAAACAAGCAAAUGCAUUCGACCCUCUCCGGACACAGGUGCUGUUGCGUGAAUGGUUCCCCCAGGAGGUCGACUGGGAUCAAUUCUUCAUCACUAUGGAUCUCUUAAAAUCAACCCGUCAUUACUUCAGCAAACAAGAUACACCAAUCAGCUUCAUCGGAUUCACCCUUGAAGAUGCCAAAGCACUCCUGCAACUCGGCUUCAGCCCUCCCUCUGCUUCCUACUUGUACUCCACAAGCACUUGGGAUCCUCCGAAAAAGCAACUCGCCCUGCAUCUGGUGACGAAAAUGGACCAGAUGAGGAAGGCUCAAGGGUAUACCUCGCUGAUCUUUCAUGCACACUCUCAAGACUUUCCAGGACCUAGUGAAAAUAAGUUUUUUUCUCAAACUCAGCCAAAUGAUAAUACUUCUAUGAUCUGGCCUGGACACUGA